AUGGACAGCAAGCCGAAGCAACCACCGGCUGCAACACGAUGGUUCAAUCCCCAGCUGUUGCACCUGAAGGUGACACUGUUUCUCGUGUUUGGCGCAACAAGCGCACUGACGCCGUAUCUGACCAUACACAUGCAAAGUAUCGGGUUGACGGUGGAGGAGGUCGCAUCAGUGUACUUGACACUGCUGUUCACUUCCUGCCUUAGUCCGCCACUAACUGGAUACUUGAUUGAUCGUUUUGGCCGCUACAAACCGGUGCUGCUGACCAGUAUCGUGCUGAACGCCAUAUCACAUCACGCGAUACACUUCAUUCCGGCACGGACCGUCACCUUUACGCAUCACAGUGUGAAUGGAUCUCUGGGUGGUGAUGGUGCUUCGCUCAUCAUUGAGGGAGUCACUUGUCCAGAUCAAAAAUACCUCAACGUCUCCUGCAGCUCCAAUAAAAUCAUCUCGUAUCCAGCUUAUUUAGCAAGUGAAGGUACUAGCUGCGGAAACUACUCCAUCCCCGAGUGUGCCUUAGCGGAUCUUUCAUCCGGGACGCUCCUCAUGUUGGAACGGAUCCCCACCACAACGGAGUACGAUGAAACGUUCUGGACGUAUCUUGCCGUGCGGUUUGUGGCGUCAUCCAUGCUCGCAUCCACACUCACCAUCACCGAUCCGAUCGCACUGGACAUGGUGGAACAGCACGGCGGUGACUUUGGCCGUGAGAAACUCUUCUCUAGCGUUGGCAUGGCCAUCUUUACACCCCUCACCGGGCUCAUGAUCGAUGCCUGCUCGAGCGGUUCCGGACCUAGCGAAACCGUCUACACACCUGCGUUCUACACGUACGAUCUACUGCUGCUCGGUUCACUCAUAUCCGUGUGGCUUAUGCCGAUCGGACGCAAAGUACCGUCGGAGAGCGUGAUGAAGGAUACCGGCCGCAUCUUGCGGCUACCGCCCGUGCUAGCCUUCCUUGCCUUUCUCUUCCUGCUCGGCAACUUCUGGGGCUUUAUCGAAAGCUAUCUGUUUGUGAUUAUGAAAGCGAUGGGCUCACCGAACUAUCUGCUUGGACUGACGUACACCGUCGGCACGGUUGCCAGCAUACCGAUGAUGUACCUGCUCGAGCGCAUCACCAGUCGCGUAGGGCACGUGAACCUGCUCGUGAUUGCGUUCUUUGCACACGCGUUGCGCAUCCUUGGCUACUCGUGGAUAACGAACCCGUUCUGGUGUUUCCCGAUCGAGCUGAACGAAGCGAUCUCGUGCUACUUCAUGUGGGUCGUCGCGUCCACGUACUGUGCCGUGCUAGCACCCAGCAGUUUGGUGGCCACGUUGAUCGGCAUUGCCGGCAUGGUACACUUCUGUCUCGGCAAGGGAGUCGGCUCGUUUGCGGGCGGAUUUCUUAUCGCGCGGGUAGGGCUAACGCUGGCGUUUCGUUACGUGGGAUAUGUGGCGGUGGGUUGCGGGGUAUUGUACAAGCUGGUCCAUCUGCUCUGGCUACAUAAAUAUGAUGGACGGUCACAGGCAGACCCAGGCGCGGGACCUGCUGUAGAGGCAUUGGUUAAGCGCAGAGCAUCGAUCGUUCCGAAGGUGGAUCAGUUCGGUAGCGUCGUAUCAUUCGGUGGACUUGCACGGAGAAAACCUGAAUCCGCCCCAGAGGCAACGGGCGAGCAGGUUCCACUUGAAAAAGGAUAA